ACCGUGGGCCCUGAGAGCAGCGGUCGGCGACCGGCGGCGGGAGAUCGUGGACGAGCGGAGCGUGACACUCGCUGGUGGGGGAGAUCGGCGCUUGGCCGGCUGCCGGAUGAGUCAUCAGGGAACUGCAGAGGAGGAGGCCCCAAGCUCAGCUGCCUCAGCCUCGGCUUCUCUGGGACAAGGGAGCCUGGAGUGCUCCUGGAAGGAGGAUCAGGAGCCUACCUAGCCACCAAGGUGAAAGGGCAGCUUCUGGGGGAGGGGGUGCCCCACAGCCUGUCUGGAGGAGCUCCAGCUCAGGAUGAGCCGUGUCAGGCAGGACAGGCCACUUGAGCCUGAGUGCAGCUCUAUAGACCUCUAAACAUCUGGAUUUAAGAUCUUGCCCUCGGAGCAAAAUUGACUGCUGGCCUCAUUUCUCUCACCGUCAGAUGAAACUCUCUCUUCAUCCCCAAUGCUCAGCAUCACCCUUUGAUUCUGUCAUGCAGCCGGCACCGGCUGUUUCGUCUAUGCCCCACUCUGCUCUACACCGGCAACACCACCUCUGACCCUCAGAAGCCUUCUGCCUGGGGAGGACCACGACUUUCCUCCUUGUGUUUGCCUGCAGCCCAGGGGACUGGGGAGUGGGCAGCACAGCCCACUAGGUCUGGCCCCGCACUGCCCCACACAGGCUGGGUGAUCUGGGGCAAGUCUCCGCCUAAUUAAGCCUGCAAUUCUUCAAGUAAAAGUGAGGAGAGGGACUUCCCUGGUGGUCCAGCGGUUAAGUCUCCGUGCUCUCAAUGCAGGGUCAGGGAACUAGAUCCCACAUGCAUGCCACAACUAAAGGAGCCCGCAUGCUGCAACUAAGACCCAGUGCAGCCAAAUAAACAAAAAAAAGUUUUUUAAUGAGGCGAUUAAAGCAAUGUCCCUAUAGGCACGCUUCUAAUACUAUUAGGUUUGAAGGCCUUGGGGUCUGUUUUUAAGAUCUCAUUUCCCUUAUAAAGAGGCUGAGAGAGGUGGGCCCUACUCUAGGCCCUGGAUCAAGUCCUUUUUGGAGAUGGAAGGGGCUGUGGAGGUGUGGGCUGGGAUGACAGUAUGGUUACAAGUGAAACAGCCUGCCUUGCAGGGCUUUCACCUAAUUGAAGUCAGAACACCCCUUAGACUUCUUAAGGUCAUCAAGAAACAAUGAGGCCACCCAUUCAGCCUCCUGAGCAUCGGGCCUGCAGGACCACACCCAGGCAUCCAGGCUGAAAGCUGGAGCUGCUGAGUUCAAAGCUAGAAGGCCCUUGAAGGCACCCCCCACACCCACACCCCAGUCAAGCUGACUCAGCCUUUCGUAGCCACUGUGGUGAAGCAGACGCAGUAGAAAGGAGGUUUCAGCCUAGUGUUUCCCAGCAUCCCACUGUCUCUUGUAAGCUUCCAGCCUGAUCCGGCAGAAGGUCAGAGGUGUUGGAGGGUCGGCUUCCCACGGUCUGCCUUUCUCGCGCAAGAGCACAUUGAGGAGUGAUCCGGGAUGAAUGGAGCUACCGCAGGGAAGACCGCAUCUGUUAGUAACAGCCUUAGGACCAGGCUGCCAUCAGAGAGCACUUAUUAAAGGCCUGUCUGCAGCUGAUGCCUUCUCAGGCUUUGUCUCAAGCAAGUCACAACCCAGAAGGGCCCUGCCCUUGGGAGUCCACGCCCCAGUCUUUAAAAAGGCUCCCAAAUGGUAACAACCUCAGGGCGGUGCCGUUCUCUUCCAUGACAACCGUAGCCCACGUGCUGCUUGCACAGAUUGUCACAACAGUGGGCUCUCUCUCCCCUCUGGCUCUACGGGAACGCAGAGCUGGUAGAGAUGGAGCCCAGAGAGAGGUGACGUCUUGCGCUUUGUCCUCAUAUUUCUAGAAGUGUCGGUUGGUGUCCAGGGCUCUAAUAUAAAUUCCACUACUAAUGUUGCCUGAAAGAAAACUGAUACUUAGGAGAGGUUUUCAGCAAAUGAGUUUGGACAUUACAGAAGGAAGCAUGUCAGUUCCUUCUGGAGAGCCACAAACAGAUGCAUCUCGUGAAAGGAGCCAAGUGCUGGUAUUGCCAUUUGCAUGCUGGUUUUUCAAUUUACAAGAUUUCAUUUAUGUGUAUGCAUGUAAUGUUUAUAUAAAUAUACACACAAAUCUCUAUAUAUAUAUAUAUAUAUAUAUACAAACACACAUCUGGAUGCCUAUGUACACACACGUGUGCACACACACAUAUACAUACAUGUAUCUACCUCUAGCUAGGGAACAAAACAAAACCUUGGUUCUCUCCACUUGGAGAAGAGCCAUCAUGGAUGGUGCAGGCAUGUCCUCUACGAAGCAAGGCUUCUGCGGAAUCAGUGAUGUGACUGAUGGUUUUGGAGUAUAGGAUCCACCACCCUGUUCUGGGGAAGCAAAGUUCACCACAAAACAAACAACAGAAAAAGAUUCAGCCAUUAUUCAUAAAGGCAAGAAAGAACCAACCCAGAUGUUGGUCCACAUCUCUCCUGGAGGAGGCGGGCUGGAGUUCCCCUUGUGGGGUGGAGAGAGGGGCCAUUUACGGUGGAGGGGCCAGUAGGGCUGGGGGGCUCACCCCACGUGGAACAAUGGUGAGGUUGCCAUUUGGAACAUUUGGAGGGAUAGCUAUGUGUGGCAUGAGGAAGUAGAGACCCUUUGCCCCCUGCUUUUCUCCUCCCACCCAAGCCUGACACCUGGGCGCCUCGGGGUCUGGGGGUGACCUGCUCUGUGUGUGGUCUCUCACAGGGUGAGCGUGAGCCUGGGAGAUGGCAGUGAUGGAAAUGGCCUGCCCAGGCGCCCCCGGCUCCGCGGUCGGACAGCAGAAGGAGUUCGCCAAAGCCAAGGAGAAGACACAGGCAACGGAGACGAAGCAGAGCUCCGUCCACAAGCUCGAGGCCGUGGAGAAGAGCCCCAUGUUCUGCGGGAAGUGGGAGAUCCUGAACGACGUGAUUACCAAAGGCACAGCCAAGGAAGGCUCCGAGGGCGGGCCGGCUGCCAUCUCCAUCAUCGCCCAGGCCGAAUGUGAGAAUAGCCAAGAGUUCAGCCCCACCUUCUCAGAACGGAUCUUCAUCGCUGGCUCGAAACAGUACAGCCAGUCCGAGAGUCUUGAUCAAAUCCCCAACAAUGUGGCCCACUCGACCGAGGGCAAAAUGGCCCGCGUGUGUUGGAAGGGGAAGCGUCGCAGCAAAGCCCGGAGGAAACGCAAGAAGAAGAGCUCCAAGUCCCUGGCUCAGGCAGGAGUGGCCUUGGCCAGACCCCUCCCCAGAACCCCUGAGCAGGAGAGCUGCACGGUCCCGGUUCAGGAGGAUGAGUCUCCGCUAGGCACCCCGUAUGUUAGAAACACCCCCCAGUUCUCCAAGCCUCUGAAGGAGCCAGGCCUUGGCCAUCUCUGGUUUAAGAAACUCGGGGAGGGCCUGCGGCCAGCGCUGCCUCGACCGGAACUCCACAAACUGAUCAGCCCCCUGCAGUGCCUAAACCACGUGUGGAAACUCCACCACCCCCAGGACAAACUCAAGCCGGUGGAUUAUGAGUACCGAGAGGACAUCCAUUGGGCCACGCGCCAGCCCUGCCUGGGCAGAGGCUCCUUUGGAGAGGUCCACAGGAUGGAGGACAAGCAAACCGGCUUCCAGUGUGCCGUCAAAAAGGUGCGAGUUGAAGUGUUUCGGGCUGAGGAGUUGAUGGCAUGUGCGGGAUUGACCUCACCCAGAAUCGUCCCUUUGUAUGGAGCUGUGAAGGAAGGUCCUUGGGUCAACAUCUUCAUGGAGCUUCUAGAAGGUGGCUCGCUGGGCCAGCUCAUAAAGCAGAGGGGCUGCCUGCCGGAGGACCGGGCCCUUUAUUACCUGGGCCAGGCUCUGGAAGGGCUGGAAUACCUCCAUACCCGAAGGAUUCUACACGGAGAUGUGAAAGCCGACAAUGUGCUCCUGUCCAGCGAUGGGAGCCACGCAGCCCUCUGCGACUUUGGCCAUGCUGUGUGCCUUCAACCCGAUGGCCUGGGGAAGUCUUUGCUCACAGGGGACUACAUGCCCGGGACAGAGACCCACAUGGCGCCAGAGGUGGUGAUGGGCAAGCCCUGUGACGCCAAGGUGGACGUCUGGAGCAGCUGCUGCAUGAUGCUGCACAUGCUCAAUGGCUGCCACCCUUGGACCCAGUACUUCCGAGGGCCGCUGUGCCUCAAGAUUGCCAGCGAGCCUCCGCCUGUGAGGGAGAUCCCGCCCUCCUGUGCCCCCCUCACAGCCCAGGCCAUCCAGGAAGGGCUCAGGAAAGAGCCUGUCCACCGAGCGUCUGCCGCAGAGCUGGGGGGGAAGGUCAGCCUGGCGCUGCAGCAUGUGGGAGGUCUGAGGAGCCCUUGGAGGGGAGAGUACAAAGAACCAAGACAUCCGCCGCCACUCCAAGCCCACCCACCGUCAAGCCAAGGGCACCCUCACCAGACCCUACGUGCCCCGCCAGUGGAGCUGUCGCCAGGGGAGCUCUCACCAGGGGACCCGGGGCCCCAGCCAGCUGAGGAUGCAGCAGGCGGGGCCCCUAAGCUCCAGCCUCCUCCACCCCCAGAGCCCCCAGAGCAGAACAAGUCUUCCAGCUUGCACUGGGGCAAAGAAGAGUCCGGGACGUGGGAACCACUGGCUCUGUCCUCCCUGGAUACGGCCCCAGCCAAGAACUCCAGCUCACCAGAGCGGAAGGCAACCUUCCCUGAGCAAGAGCUGCAACAGCUGGAAAUAGAAUUAUUUCUGAACAGCCUGUCGCAGCCGUUUUCUUUGGAGGAACAGGAGCAAAUCCUGUCAUGCCUCAGCGUCGACAGCCUCUCCCUGUCAGAUGACAGUGAGAAGAACCCGUCCAAGGCCUCUCAGAGCUCGCGGGACACCCUGAGUUCCGGCGUGCACUCGUGGGGCAGCCAGGCGGAGGCCCGCAGCUCCAGCUGGAACAUGGUGCUGGCCCGGGGGCGGCCCACCGACACGCCGAGCUAUUUCAACGGUGUGAAAGUCCAAAUACAGUCUCUCAAUGGCGAACACCUGCACAUCCGGGAAUUCCACCGGGUCAAGGUGGGAGACAUCGCAACCGGCAUCAGCAGCCAGAUCCCAGCCUCAGCCUUCAGCUUGGUGACCAAGGACGGGCAGCCCGUGCGCUACGACAUGGAGGUGCCGGACUCGGGCAUCGACCUGCAGUGCACCCUGGCCCCUGACGGCAGCUUCGCCUGGAGCUGGAGGGUCAAGCAUGGCCAGCUGGAGAACAGGCCCUAACCAGCCUUCCACCACUGGCUCCACUUGGCCAGAAGUGACCUUCCUUCUCGGUGCUCAGCGCUGCCCCCGAGACACAGGCUCAGCCUGCCUGCUCCCAGGGGCCUGCCAGCUUGUGGCUCAGCGGUGGGACCAGGGGCUGGCAGCAGUGAGGUGGGGCUAGCAGAACACCUCCCAGGAUCUCCCACCUGUGUCCUUCCUGAGCCCACAUGAGGAGGAGGAGGAGGAAGACAGGAGGCCUCUUCCCAUGGGAAACAAAGAGGGUCUUCUCUGCCUUGGUCCUGACAAGCUGGCCUGACCCAUUAGAAUCAGUGACCACUUGCUGGCAGUCAGGGGAGAGUGGCUUCCGGCCCAGGUCCCAGGGAGGUGGGUGAGCCCCUCCCUCGGGUUCCAGGCAGGUAUGAGCAUCUAAUGACCUACCCCCAGGCCCAGUACAGGACUGGGGCAGCAGGUGUGCCUACCCUUGGGUUAAUGGAGGGGGCCCUCUGACGCCCUUGGCCGGCCUUGCCUGGCCAUCAGGCCCCCUUCUAUCUCUAGGUGUUUUUCAGACCAGGUCAGGGAGGGAGGAAUGCCUGACACUGGGGGUCUCCCUGGGAGAAAACACCACACUUCUCAGGGAGCCGCAACCCAGGCCCUGAGCUGAGCUCAGCUUCAGCAAGGACCAGAGAAGGCGUUCGAGUGACGUGGUUCUCAGUCCCUAAGCACAUGCCCCUUCGCUGCUGGCCACGAGUCUUCCCCGGAGCAGCAGGCCCCGAGCCCCGACCGCAGGCCCAGCACCGCCCCUGCGCAGCUGGCACUCAGCGCCCUCAUCUGUAGUAGCGAAGGGCGACAUGAGACCUACCUGACGGGAACCGUCUGAGGACAGAGCACGAUAGACUCGAGAGACGGCGGCAGAUGCAGGUGCUACUGUUACCCAGGCCACGGCUCUCAACAGCCUCACGUGAGCUUCCCGAGACACUCACUGGUCCUGCUGCCCCUGGUCUUGGGGGCACUGCCAGCUGCACUUUGCACUCUGAUGACCUCAAGCACUUUCAUGGCUGCCCUCCAGGAGGGCAGGCCAGUGGUUCUGCAUGAGCACAAGCAGGCCAGGAGAUGGGGUGAAGGGACUCAGCUCUUGACCCUUCUCCAUGCAUGUGACCCCUCAAACCUCCUUCAGGUUUCUUUAAGGUGAGCACCCCCUACCAUCACCCCAACCCAGCCUCUUCUUUCCGGGGGAGCUGAUCAGCACUCGUGUAGCAUUAAUCAACUGUGAAUUGUUGUGGGGUGAGGGGAUGUCCCCUGAGGUUCCAUCUGGGGAGAAGCUCAUCCCCACGUUUUGCCAAGGUGGCCUCUGCCCAGCUCUCCACAUUGAGCCAUGCUGCUCCCCAGGGAGAGACCCCCGGCCCCCCCAUGCAUGAAGAACUGCAGCCUUGGUCCUGCAGAGUUGAGACGGUAGAGAACUCCUCGUGGGCAAUAAAGUUUGAGGUAAUAAGUGUG